UUAGCUAAAUGCGCGGGCGCGUUUCGUUGCCGAGUCCUUCUUGACACCAUUCGACUAAGCGAGUAUUCUGGAGAUCACUGGUGUUGCGUUUGCUGUUUCCGGGAUUUUCCCGACGUGAAAUCAUGUUGCACGCAUGUGGAUGGCGCUUUUGGGAGGCAAAGAGAAACACAAUGAAAUUACGAGUGCACCCAGAUGCCAUGGUACCAAAUAAUAAUCCUCUACCGACACACCUCUACGGUCGGAAUUGCCAACUUGUGCAUAAUCAGAUUCGUCCACGCGGGCACAAUUUUCAAAAUUCAUUCUCGCUACCACACAUCUCUCGCGAUUCCCUCUUCGGUCUACCCUUUGAAGUGCUGAUUGGCUUUCUCGGUCAAUUUGCCUUGGUAUGUGCUGGGUGCAUUCACCUCCAGUUUGGCAUCGUGGACAUCUCCCACAUGUUCAUGACAAAUCGCCCCUUACAUGCCAUUUGCUCCUGCCUCUCUGCUUUGGGUGGAAGACAGUUGUUGAUGACCCUGUGCUGGGAAUGCGUGAAGGCAACUGGAUUGCGAACAUCGAAGUGUGGCAAUAUCUUUGCGGUUGGGACAUCAUAAUAUGUGUCUACACUCUCCAAACACUCGUUCAUGGCACGCAAAGGAAAUGGGCAAUCAACCGGUUCAAGCUGUUACAAAGACAGUUAAGUUCACCGUCCCUCAAAGGCAUCCGGAAGACGCACCGGUAGGGAGCGCGUGAGGAGUGUGCUGUGCAACUGAUCAUAAGCUACUAGUUUUCCUGACGGUUGGCAGCUGACAAAGGCCUCUUGUUGAAUGGGGAGUUCUUGUUAAUGAACAAGAUUUGGCUC